AUGAAUGGACGGGCUUCACGAAUCGUUACAAUCACAAAAAAAUUUUCUAUUUAUAGAUUAAACGAAGGAAAUCCUUAUGAAACCCUGUUCUCACUAAUUGGAAAAGCAGUAACCCCAUACUUCAAAUCGUUUAUAAAAGAAAGUGGGCGAGGAGAACGUGAUGGCGACAAACUUGCACCUACCGUCGAGAAAAAUCUUAACGAGGCUGAGGUUGCCUUGCUCCAUCUUCAACAAAAUAUCGACAUACCAGAGAUUAACCUAGUUAUCAACCCACAUAUUCAAGCAGCAAUACAAAAAGCUAACAAAGAAGGAAGGAAAGCUAAGGUGACUGAUCUGGGAGAUCUAGUCGAAGACUCACAAUUUCUGAAUAGUCUGCAGUCAGGAGUGAACAGAUGGAUCAAAGAGAUAAGAAAGGUAACGAAGCUGGAACGAGAUCCUGGAUCUGGUUCAUCGUUGCAAGAAAUGACAUUCUGGCUGAACCUAGAGCGAGCAUUGCAGAAGAUCUUGCAAAAGAGAGAGUCGGAAGAGGUCACAUUGACUCUUGAAGCUCUGAAAUGCGGAAAACGAUUCCAUGCUACGGUGUCAUUUGAUACAGAUACAGGUAAAAGAAGUUCUAAUGUCCUAGUUUCUAAAUUAGCAUAA